GUAAAUUAGACGAUUCUAUAGCGCCUGCUUACAAACUUCAGAAACUUACUUUACUAUAGACUAGGAAAUUGGCUGUUUUGAUUGAUUAGUUUGAUAACUCUGCCCAUAAAGUGAGCUGUGACCUAUCGUCAUGGCGCCGGGUGUUGUUUUCGACGGAAGUGAAUCAAACAACCCACCUGGUGCGUGUGGAGGUGAUGUUCCUCAGCCACCGCCUCUACCAACAACAAAUAAUGGUCUUCCUACCUGGAAAGAAAGACAACAGUCCAUUAAAGAGCCUCCAACACCAGAGGUCUGCGAUCAGUUCACAAAUCUACCAGCAGCUUUGAUCAACUCGUUGAAGAGGGAAAAGAAACCAUUUACGUAUACACCGGGAGGGAUAGAUUUAUCAGAAAUCAAAUCCCCACGUAUGCAAAAAAGAUUAGAAGCUAAUAAAAGGUUACAGGGUGUCAUUUCGCCAUUGGCCAGACCACCUGAAAGUGUAGAAAGACAAAAAGAAUUAUUGGUAAAACCUGUUUAUAAUUCUCCAUUAAGCUUAUAUUCUACGCAAAAUGCAAAGGAGGAAUUUCAGAAGCAAGCUAGUUUGCUUACCCAAGAACUCGAAAGCAUGAAAAUUUCACCAAACGGUGAAAUUAUUCGAUCACAGUCUUUUGGACAGGAAGGAUUUCCUAAGUACAGUCAGUCCAAAUCUUUUCGAUUGUUACAACUGAUGACUGAUACAACAGAUAAUGUUUCUAAUGAAUCUCCAGCAAGAAGAAAAACUGAAGAUGACGAAAUGACAUUUACAGGAGUUACGCGAAAUCCAAUACCUUCAAAAUUCUUCCAAACAUUGCAAAGAAUCACAGGAACAGACGGAGAGUCUCCUGAGUCUCCUGAGCCUCCUCCAGUCUUCGAGCAUUGGGGUGACCCUUGCACUUUACAAACGGCAACUUAUGGAAAAGAUUUUAUUCCUGAGCCCAAGCCUUACAAGCCUUUUGAAAGACGUGAUUUUAAUGAAACACCAGCAGCCGAAAUGCCGAAGAAAAAAAGUCAAAUAAAUAUCCAAGUAAGCGGAAAUUACGCUGAACCCACUUAUCAGAAACAAGAAUUUCAACAGAAAAUCCAACCGAUGCAUCAGCCAUAUUCAGAAAAUCAAGCUUCGAGUGGAUAUCAAAAACAGUCGAGUAAUUCAUACAAACAAAAGAAUCCUCAACCUUACAUAAGACCGAAUUUCCAAGCAAGAGAUGUUGCAACUUGCAACAGCUGGCAACCUUUUAAUCAUCCGUACAACUAUUGCACUCUUCCUCGUUCUUAUCGUGGGAUACCGGGCUACGAGGGGACUGAUUUGUAAAAUAGUUCACAAUUGCUGAAAGCUUCUAUUUUUAAAUAUGUCUUACUUCACAUAUUUUAGUUUGUUUAUUCAUAGAGUUAUAUCAUAGAGUUAUUUUAUUUUUUAAAACUCACUUUUAAAAAUCCACACGAAGUGCAGUGUUGAUACCAAUUGUUUAACUGCCUGAAUUCGUUAACAUAAGUGAACUUUCAAACAGUUACUUGCAACGUUUCCAAAAUAAACACUUAUAAAAUGAGACAACUAAUACACUUCGUCAUCCUGGAUUAUUAGUUCCUUGUUCAUCUGUAUAAUGUAUAACUGUAAUGAAAUUUUAGGAAUGACAAUGUAAUUCGAGUUUAUAGCUCAACAUUUGUGAAUACGUAUGAAUGAAUGUAUGGUGUUUACUUGUAUAAAAAUAAAGCAUUAUUUAUUGA